AUGUUGGUGAGUGCAGCUCCUACCUCAUUCUUCUAUCCACCAAUCAAACGUUUUUCUGCUGGGAAAUAUUGUACCAAAACAAACCUGCAAUUUGCUGCCAAUCAUCCUAAAAUCAAUGCUUUUAGUAGCAAAAAUGAGCAAACACAUUCCCUCUUCACUUCUUGCUGCCACCCACCGGCGUCGCAGCUCAAAGCGGCAGCGGCGGCGCUUGAUCCUCAAGAUGGACAUGCAGGAAUAGGUAUCCUUGAAUUUUUUCAAGGGAAGAACAUUUUUGUUACUGGAGCAACUGGUCUCCUUGGAAAAGUUGUUGUGGAAAAGCUAUUAAGAUCAACCUCGGUGGGAAAAAUCUACUUGCUAAUAAAUGCGAAAGACAAGGAAGCUGCAUUUGAUAGAUUAAACUGCGAGAUAUUAAACUCGGAAUUGUUGGCGUGUUUGAAAGAAAAAUAUGGGAAAUCUUUUGGAGCUUUUGUAAAGGCGAAAGUAAUAGCUGUGGUGGGAGAUAUCUGUGAACCAAAGCUGGGAAUGGAUUAUGAAAGUAUUGAAGCAAUUAGAAAAGAUGUAAAUGUUAUAAUCCACUCUGCUGCUUGCACAACCUUUAAUGAGAGGUAUGACUUGCUAGUUGAUACCAAUGUGAUUGCGCCUCAACGUGUGAUGAGGUUUGCCAAGACAUGCAACAAACUCCAACUCUUCGCACAUGUAUCUACAGCAUAUGUUACUGAGAGAAGAGAAGGUGUAAUAUUGGAAAAGCCAUUGAUGAUGGGAGGAGAAGAUGGUAAACUUGAUGUAGCUGAUGAGAUCAGCUUGCUUCUCAAAUCAUCCACAAACACCAUUGAUGCCACCAAUUUCUUCAAAAAGCUUGGCCAACACAGAGCUGAAAUGUUGGGAUGGAGUACUACAUAUCAACUAAGUAAGGCUAUGGGUGAAAUGGUUGUGAAUGAAAUUAGAGGAGAUGUUCCUCUCCUUAUAAUUCGACCAGCUAUUAUCGAGAGCUGCCACAACCAACCUCUCCCUGGUUGGAUACAAGGAAUGAGGGUAUUUGAUCCAGUGGUCGUUUCUUAUGGAAAAGGAAUGAUCCCAGCUUAUUUUGCAAAUCCUCAUGUCCCUUUGGAUAUUAUACCGGUAGAUUUGGUAGCAAACAUAACGAUUGCAGUUAUUGCAAAGCAUGGGAAUACACACGUGACAGCGGCACAACCCACUAUCUACCAUGUUGCAUCUAGUCUUCAAAAUCCCGUAACAUGGUUCGAUGCUUUCGAAUAUCUAUAUGAAUACUUUAAAGAGGCACCUUUAAUUGAAGGAGCAAAUAUAUCAAGAGUCAAAUUUUUCGACGAUUUUGAGGAAUUCUCCAAAUGUUUAAGAGGGGAAAUUAUGCGACAUUAUGGUGCAAAUGUAGAUAGAAAAAUGGUGCGACAGUGCAAUGCCAAAGCUACAUAUGUUGAACAACUCUGUAAGAUGUAUGAAUUCGCCGGAUUCCUCAAACCAAGGUACCAUACAGGUAAUGUUCAAAAAUUAACUGAAGAAAUGUCAAAAGAGGAGCAAUUUAAUUUUGAUGUGGAUGUCAAGAAUAUUAACUGGAAAAAAUAUUUUCAAGAAAUUCAUGUUCCAGGACUGAGAAAGUAUGUAAUAGACCGAUAG